GCGCGCGCUAUGCCUGAUGAUCUCGAGAGACGGACAGACGGAGCUGAGCUGAGCGCUGAACUUGAGACCGUGUCUCAGUCACGCCUCAAGUCCCUCUCACUUUUCUCCAUAUUAUUAUCAAGCUAUAAGCAGUUUAUUUUGAUUUACCGCCUUCGGAUUACAUUGAAGAUUAAAAAGUAUCCAGAAUUUCUCUCCCGAGGUGCGUGAGAGACUGCGCAAUAGAGGAACGUUGAACUCAAUUCAACAUGUCAAUUUUACCGUUUACUCCGCCGAUCGUGAAGAGGUUGCUGGGCUGGAAGAAGGGAGAGCAGAACGGACAGGAGGAGAAAUGGUGCGAAAAGGCCGUGAAGAGUCUGGUGAAGAAGCUGAAGAAGACGGGACAGCUGGACGAGCUGGAGAAAGCCAUCACAACUCAGAAUGUCAACACCAAGUGUAUUACCAUACCACGAUCACUAGAUGGUCGGUUGCAAGUAUCUCAUAGGAAAGGACUCCCUCAUGUGAUCUACUGUCGUCUGUGGCGCUGGCCUGACCUGCAGUCACAUCAUGAGCUCAGAGCCGUUGAACUCUGCGAGUUUGCCUUUCACACGAAAAAGGACGAGGUCUGCGUCAAUCCCUACCACUACCAGCGGGUCGAGACACCAGUUCUUCCUCCAGUGUUGGUGCCUCGUCAUACUGAAAUCCCCAGCGAGUUCCCUCCUCUAGAUGACUACAGUCACUCCAUCCCAGAAAACACCAUUUUUCCUGCUGGCAUCGAACCCCAGAGCAACUACAUACCAGAGACGCCCCCUCCAGGCUACAUCAGUGAGGAUGGAGAGACCAGUGAUCAUCAGAUGAACCGCAGCAUGGACACAGGGUCUCCAAACCUGUCACCGAACCCCGUGUCUCCUGCCCACAACAACUUAGAUCUACAGCCAGUGACAUACUGUGAACCAGCGUUCUGGUGCUCUAUCUCAUACUAUGAGCUGAACCAGAGAGUCGGUGAAACGUUCCAUGCCUCCCAGCCCUCUUUAACAGUAGACGGCUUCACAGACCCGUCCAACUCUGAGCGCUUCUGCCUGGGCCUGCUGUCCAAUGUGAACCGCAACGCUGCUGUGGAGCUCACGCGCAGGCACAUUGGCCGAGGUGUGCGUUUGUACUACAUUGGUGGUGAAGUGUUUGCAGAGUGUCUAAGUGACAGCGCCAUCUUUGUUCAGAGUCCCAACUGUAACCAACGUUAUGGCUGGCACCCCGCCACUGUUUGCAAGAUCCCACCUGGCUGUAAUCUGAAGAUCUUUAAUAACCAGGAGUUUGCAGCUCUGUUGGCCCAGUCUGUGAAUCAGGGCUUUGAGGCCGUGUACCAGCUCACCCGCAUGUGCACCAUUCGCAUGAGCUUCGUGAAGGGCUGGGGAGCCGAGUACAGGCGGCAGACAGUGACUAGCACCCCCUGCUGGAUAGAACUGCACCUGAACGGUCCUCUGCAGUGGCUGGACAAAGUGCUCACUCAGAUGGGCUCCCCCUCCAUCCGCUGCUCCAGUGUGUCAUAGGAAAAACGCUCCAUAUACAAACCACCAGAUCUGGGAAAAAAGUUCCUUCAGGAGUCGAUGGCUGAACACCUUCAUACCUGCCAACUAAUUGGGUUCCACAGACUCGGUAGCACUUUCAUGUUGGAGGAGUGUAUUACAGUAUGUGUAUAUACUCGUUUUUAUGUUAUUGGUAGCCAUUUUUAUUGCCAUUAUUGACAUAAAAUAUUGCCAUUUAUGACAUAUUUAGUUAUAUACUGUUGCACGUGUAUGUAAGAUCUCUCCUCUGUUGUGUCCAUUAUGAUUCUGUUAUGUUAGGUACAUUUUUACCAUAACAGAGGCUUGUUUUUUUAAGAGACAUGAAAAAAGUGCUUUUUUGUAAAGUGAAUAUAUUAAGUUUUUCAAAUAUCAGUUAAACUGUAUUUUUGAUUUUUUUUUGGUUUGAUCAAACUGAAACUUUCCCCAUGUCAUAAUGUUAUGUAGUACAUAUCAAGAGGUUUUGACCUUCCUCAUGAGAAAGAAACAGGAUGUCUUUGACUAAGCGGUGUGUUCAGACAUUGAAAACUCAAAUUAAUAUUGUUUUUCAGGUUUCCCCAAAACAUUACAUUUCCAUAUCCCGUUUUGUCCUAGCCAGUGAAAUGUGCUGGACAGCACUUUAAAAAAAGCUCUUCACCUUUUUAAAAUUCCCUAAACAGAAUACUAUAUAACAAACUUCAUAUGUGUACAUAACAGUUUAUGUAACACUUGUGAACGUGUUUUCUAUGCUUCACAAUAUCUAAGGUUGUUGAAAUGUUAGGGGAUUUUGUCAUUGUACAGGUUCUGAAAGCCUGAUACUACUCCUACAGCAGAUUUCCAGUUGUAGUGUUUUUCAUCUCUUAACCCGGACUCGUGUGUGUGUG